UUGAAUGUGAUACUGGAGGCUGAAGUCUUUUGAAGUCGCUGGUUCUUUUCUCCGUUAACUGAAUCUCUGGGUGAAGAGAGGGCCUGCCUUUGUCUUUCAGGCCGGGAAAGGUAAUCAACGCCGCUCACGUAUUCCUCUUCCGGCGAGCCAGAUGCUGUCAGCUCCGAGCGUGUAGAAACUGACGGUCCCAGCCCUCAUUUCCCAGGCCCAAAUCUUUGACCCAGUUGAGAGUACAGCCUCUGGAGCCUGACUGGGUUCACUUUCUGCCUGUUGUGACAUAUCUGAUCUAGGGUUUACUCCGUAUAGUAUUAUAAUGCUACCUGAUGUACCAUGCUUUCUUGUGAUAUUUGUGGUGAAACAGUAACCUCAGAACCAGAUAUGAAGGCUCACCUCCUAAUUGUUCACAUGGAAAAUGAAGUUAUAUGUCCAUUUUGCAAGUUGUCAGGUGUGAAUUAUGACGAAAUGUGUUUUCAUAUUGAAACUGCUCACUUUGAACAAAAUGAACUAGAAAGAAACUUGGAAAGGGUCAACACAAGACAGUAUGAAACUUCAGAUAACAGGGAGGACAACACCCUACAGUGUAGAAUGGAAAUUAAUUCAAGUAUUCAUUCAGCUGGUGCAUCUAAUCAUCCGAAAAUUUCAGCUCAAAGCCUGCCUAAGGAUGGUACUUUAAACCACAAAGCCUUUUACUCGGAGAACUUAACUGAGUCUAGAAAAUUCCUGAAAAGUAAGGAAAAACAGUGUGACUUAUCCAAAAUAAAAGGAUCAAUUUAUGAAACAAUGUAUAGUCCUCCCGAUUGUCCAUUCUGUGGAAAAAUAGAAGAUUGUAAUCAAGACAUGGAAACUCACGUGAAAACAAAGCAUGCCACUUUAGACACUCCAUUAGAAGAUUGUGAUCAACCACUGUAUGACUGCCCUAUGUGUGGACUCAUCUGCACAAAUUACCAUAUUCUCCAGGAACAUGUAGACUUGCAUUUGGAAGAAAGCAGUUUUGGACAAGGAAUGGAUAGAGUCCAGUGUUCUAAAGAUCUAGAAUUGGCUCACCAGCUUCAACAAGAAGAAGACAGAAAGAGAUCUGAAGAAUCAAGACAAGAAAUGGAAGAAUUUCAGAAGCUGCAGCGACAAUAUGGUUUAGAUAAUUCUGGAGGGUACAAACAACAGCAACUCCGAAAUAUGGAGAAAGAAGUAAAUAGGGGAAGAAUGCAUCCAUCUGAAUUUCAUAGAAGAAAAGCUGAUAUGAUGGAAUCACUAGCUAUUGGUAUUGAUGAUGGAAAAACAAAAACUUCUGGAAUUAUUGAAGCGCUUUAUAGGUAUUAUCAGAACGCUGCCACAGAUGUGAGGCAUGUGUGGCUUUCUACAGCGGUGGAUCACUUUCAGUCAUCUUUUGGUGACAGAGGUUGGGGUUGUGGUUAUAGAAAUUUCCAAAUGCUACUUUCAUCAUUAUUACAAAAUGAUGCUUACGGUGACUGCCUGAAAGGUAUGUCAGUUCCUUGUAUUCCAAAAAUUCAGUCUAUGAUUGAAGAUGCAUGGAAGGAAGGUUUUGAUCCUCAGGGUGCCUCUCAACUUAAUAACAAGUUACAGGGAACAAAGGCCUGGAUCGGAGCAUGUGAAGUAUAUACACUUCUGACUUCCCUAAGGGUAAAGUGUCAUAUUAUUGAUUUUCACAAGUCAACUGGUCCUUUGGGUACACACCCUCGCUUAUUUGAAUGGAUAUUGAAAUAUUAUUCUUCAGAAAGGGAAGGGAGUCCAAAAGUAGUGUGUACAUCUAAACCUCCUAUCUAUCUUCAGCAUCAAGGUCAUAGUCGAACAGUUGUUGGAAUUGAAGAGAGAAAAAACCGAACAUUAUGUUUAUUAAUUUUUGAUCCCGGAUGUCCUUCUCAAGAAAUGCAGAAACUAUUAAAGCAAGACAUGGAGGCUAGCAAUCUCAAGCAGCUUCGGAGAUUUGUGGGAAAUUUAAAACAUAAACAAUACCAGAUAGUGGCAGUAGAGGGUGUACUUACUUCAGAGGAGAAAGUUGCCAGGAAACAAGCUUCUCAAGUCUUUACAGCUGAGAAGAUUCCUUGAAGAAUUAAGCAUUUCAGUGAUUGUGGGAUUUUAUUUUCCAAAUUCUGAUAUUAAACUCCUUAAUACAAUUUACGAAUCUGUGAACUCUCUAAAUACUCAACUUUUAGUUUCUAAAAUGUCUAAAUUAUACCUUUAGUGCUGAUUUAGUAAUUAUUCCAAUAAAAUAAUGUUAUUUUCAUUGUGAGUUUUGUAUUUUCUUAUCCAUGUUCAGAAACUGGUUCUGUAUUAUGGUCGUAUGUAAUAUUUAUUGGGUUCUUAUUUGUGGUAGGUAGUCUUAGUAUUCUUCAUGUAUUAAUUAGUUUAAUCUUCAAAAUAGUUCUGUUAGACAAGUACUAUUUUAACUGUGUGAGGAAGCUGAAGCUCUGUGAGAUUAGUAAUUUGCCUGGGAAAAUUGUCAUAAUCCAGGAUCUGAACCCAGGCUGUCUCAUUUCCAAGCUCUUACCAACAUAACAUUCUGCUUUCUUCUGCUGUACAACAUAUAUAAUGAAAUUCCCUUCUCACCACUUACAAAUAACCUUAAUAUUUAAUAGGUAUAGCUCUAAAAAGAAGGGUUUGCUUUUGUUAAAUAUUCACACUCUUAUCCAUACAAUUGUGAUUUAGAGCCUUGUGUUUAAUGUGUCCCGUAAGGAAGAAACUUCCAGAUUGGUGUUGGAUGUGCCAUGUAAGGUUGCAAGAAAGAAUACUACUCUGGCCAAUUUAAGCAGAAGGAAAUUCUCUGAAAGAUUAUCAGAGGAGCUCACAGAAUCCACAGUUAACUAGGGAACUGUGCUGGAACCAAGACAACUCUAGAGGCUAGAAUAUGGUCUAAUAUUGCAGAACCCAGGUUAGGAGCCGAGGAGAAUGUCUCUGCUCAAAAUUCCUAUUUUAGAGAGGGCACAUCUGAUUGGCAUGAUGUGUGCCUUGGACAGAGGCAGUUUCUCCAAAGGAAGUCAGGCUAGAUGAGGAAAUGGAUAUUAACAAAAAAAGAAAAGCCACAAAUGUCUACUAUACUAUGAAAAAUGAACAAGAAUAUACUUGAAGUUGUAUAAAUAUUAGCUACUCCAUCAAAUACUGAAAGUUGUCUUCCAAGACUGAAUAAUACAAUUGGGAAAUUUUGGAAACCAUCCUUUCUAAUAUUUUGUCCUUCAGAUUGGUAACCAGGUUUCUACUUUGUAUCCCUGCAGUUUUCCUUUUUCAUUCCACCAUUACCUCUUACCUAGAUAAUGGAAUAACCUAAAUGGUUCCUGUGGGUCCACGUGCUACACUGAGGCCAAAACAUUCGAUACAAAUGUGAUUUUGGCAAGUCCUAGUUGAGUCCUCUUCAUUGUUUACGGAUGAAAUCCAGACAUCCUGCACAAUCUGGGCCCUGCUUACCUCUCCAGGCUAAUUUCUCACCAUUCUCAAAAUUUCACUCCUUUCAGCCCUUUAGUAUUUGCCAAAAUACUGCUGGGGCUGCCUAGGACUCUUCUCCCCUUAGUUCACCUCUUCGAAGUGCUUCCUGAACUGCUCAAGCCUGAAUAAAUGCACCUUCUGUUUGAUAAACAAUGUUUGCCAAAGUGUAGGUCAGUGAUCUGCGAAUUGUGUCAGUAGCCUCAGGGUGUCUGGCACAAAUGGGACUUGAAAUAACUUUUUUAGUGAAUGAAAAGACAGUUUUAGUGAAGCAGUGGUAGAAAAAUUAAUCUGAAGUCUCUGGAAAUCCCAGUCAGCCAUCUCUGUGCAAAUCAUUUUUCCCCUAUCAGAGCAAACCAAUUUCUGUGGAAUAAAAAACGACAUUGAGAAAGUUCCUUAAGAAGUAACAAGUAAAAGGGUUAAAAUUUUGAUUCUUCUCACAGUCUGAGCUGGUGAUGGAAUUAUUAACCCAUCCUUAUCAGGAUUUUUGGCCUCAACACCCCUUGAUGCUCAAUAAAUACUGAAGUCCCCAAGAAGCUUUUGUGGGUUAGAUAUUUCCAUUUUUGCCAUAUUAGAAAUUAAACCCGAGACAUUCUAUGGACCAGACAACCAAGAUGGCGCAGUAGGUAAACGCUGUGUUUACCUUCUGUCACAACCACAUCAAAAUUACAACUCAUCUAUAAAACCACCAUUAUUGAAAGUCGCCUAAAAUCAAGCUGAACUGAAGCCUUUCAACUAGGGACGCGCAGAAGCCACCUCCAGACUGGUAGGAAGGGCAGAGACGUGGCAUGGGCUAGUCCCGUACAUGCAUGUGACCAUUAAAGAUCAGGAGGGCUAUUUCGGCUGUGUGUGUGGGGGUCCCCCCAUCCCUUAAAGGAGCAAGAGAUACCAGCCCCACCCCAGCCCAGUGUUCCAGUGCUGGGGAGAAAAGUCCCCAUAAUUUCUGCCUGUGAGAACCAGCAGAGAUUGUGACUGAGUGAGACUGAGGACAGCUGCACUCAGGCUCUUCUCUUAAAGGGACCCACAGAUGGAAUCACUCGCUCUGAGUUACAGCAUUGGGCCAGCAGCUGGAAAGGUGGCAGGGACAAAUGGUGGGGAAUUGUCUGGCUUGGGAUGGGGGCUGGAGAGGUGGCUUUCUCCUGAACGGGGGAGCUGGCGGAGGCCAUUGUUUCUUUGUUGAGCUCUCCCCCUUCCAGGUGUGUGAACACAGGUGGCCACCAUUUCUGAGUUUCUGCUGUUUGUUCACCCCGCCCUGGAGAUUUGAGACCUGGCCCCACACAACUUUGAGGCACACCCAGGCCACUUCCAGGGCUUUUUCCAUGCAGACCGCCAGCCUUGGCUCAAGCUGCAGACUUUCCUAGACUCUCAAAGGUUCGUGGAACCCAGACAAGCAACACCUGUCUUGAGUGUGUCCUAUACCUCUGGCUGAGCAGCCCUAAGCUGGCACUAGUGACAGCCGGCCUUGGUUCGUGUCUUUGCCUCUCAAGGUACUUCCAAGCAUAGUACAGGUGGCAGACAUCUUCGGAUUUCUUUGUGGCUCCCUCUAGGUGGCCCCAGGUGGGGCACAGAUUGGUUGAAGUAGACCUAUAGCGGAUCCCCUCCACGGUGGUCCUGGGGCUGGCAUCCCAGUGGCCAGCUUCAAAACGAGCUGGAGCAUCACUCAGCUGCCUCCAAGUCUGACACACCCAGGGGGUGGAUUGGGCAGGCACCAGAGUCCUGCUGAGGCAGAUCCUGCUCUGUAGGGUCAGCCCCUGUACAACAAUUCUUCCACUGUAGUCUGGGCCAUUCCUCACAACCAGUGAGCCCAAGGGUCAGUCCCUCACAUUGAUGUGUAAUUAUCACCCAAGGCUCAACUACAAGAGGAGGGCACAUACAACCCAUGCAAGAGACACACCUGG